AGCUUGCUCGCUCUUCAAACCUGCUUUUGACUUUAAGCAUGGGGGAUCAUGCAAAUUGAUCUUGUGUCAAGCAAUCGAGUUAGCUGACUGAGCAUUACUACCUUUAUUUCUUUCCCAUUGUCUUACUUUCCAGUCACUCAUCUUUUUUCUCUUAAAUCCUGCUGUUAAUUGUUUCUUGUUUUUCCUGUAGCUCUUUUAUCACCGGGCACCAUGUUCGCCGCUCCGCACCGACUCGUCGCGUGGCUAUCGCCCAGAGCUCUUCGGAUUCCAGUCGCAAUAGCAACAUUUGUUGGAAUCCUCGUCUUCGUAACAGCAGCUUCUCUCCCGCAACCGACGCUUCCGAAGAUCAAACUCACAUACGCCAAUGAGACCAUCUACAACGAGUCCAAGGUCGCUCUCCUCAUCGAGAACCGGCCGCAGCCCAUCAUAGCCCCCCUGAUGCUCCAGUUCAUGUACGCGAUGCCGCCCGACUGGCGCUUUCGCUUCAUGGGCUCCGACGAGUCUGUGGCUUGGGUAAACCAAUCUGCCGCCAUCCGUGAGCAGGUCAAGGCGGGCAAGCUUGACUUGACGUAUAUCCCCUCUAACAUGAGCACCGCCGGCCAGGAGAUGAUCAGCCGCUUCUUGACGACCCUCUGGCUCUACGAAACGGUGCUGCAGCCUGCGGAGUUCCUGCUCGUCUUCCAGACAGACUCGAUAAUCUGCGCUAACAGCAAGCACAUCGUGGACGACUAUCUCAACUACGACUGGGUCGGUGCACCCUGGAACCCCUCAGGACGCUGGGGCGGAAACGGCGGACUUUCACUCCGUCGCGUGAGCAGCAUCAUCGACGUCCUCCGCAACCAGCGCCGCAUCGACGGUACCCAGCCCGAAGACGUCUGGCUCUCUGAACGCCUGGGCGACCACAACACUGGCCUCGUCGCCAACGGUUCCGUGUCGACGACCUUCUCGGGCGAGACGCACAGGGGCAUCGGCGAGAUUGUCCCGCCGCCGGAAUGCGACGGCGAGUAUGACGAUGAGGAAGAGUGCGUGUACGAGAGCAUGCUCAAGAAGAUCUCGGAGCCGGGGCGCCCGGGGGAGUGGGUAAUGGGGCUUGAUGACUGGCGGGAUCAAUGUUAUGAGCCGAUGGGGUAUCACAUCGGCGGCGCGAACCAGAUGCAUGGUACAGUCUGGGGUACCAAGCAGAAGAGGGAUCAUAUCUACACGUAUUGCCCCGAGGCGAGGAUGAUCUUGAAGAUGGAUUUUGCGGAUUAUGUGCCGGGCGCUUGUAAAGAGUCCUGGUAAAUAGGG